CGGCCCCGCGCCCCGCUCGGCUCCGUGGGCGCUCGACGCAGCUCGCGUCCUGGCCAGGCCCCCGGGCCGGCUCCCGCGGUCGCCAUGACGGCGGCUGUGUUCUUCGGCUGCGCCUUCAUUGCCUUCGGGCCCGCGCUGGCGCUUUACAUCUUCACCAUCGCCACCGAGCCGUUGCGCGUCAUCUUCCUCAUCAUCGGAGCUUUUUUCUGGUUGGUGUCUCUGCUGUUUUCCUCCCUUUUUUGGUUCGUGGCAAGAACCAUUACUGCCAACAAAGAUGGACCAAUACAGAAAUAUCUGCUGAUCUUGGGAGUGUUAGUCUCAGUCCUUAUCCAAGAACUGUUUCGGUUUGUGUAUUAUAAACUUUUAAAAAAAGCCAGUGAGGGUUUGAAGAGUAUAAACCCAGAUGAGACAACACCUUCUAUGCGGUUGCUAGCCUAUGUUUCUGGCUUGGGCUUUGGAAUCAUGAGUGGAGUAUUUGCUUUUGUAAAUACCCUUUCCGACUCCUUGGGACCAGGCACAGUGGGCAUUCAUGGAGACUCUCCCCAGUUCUUCCUAAAUUCAGCUUUCAUGACGCUGGUUAUCAUAUUACUGCAUGUGUUCUGGGGCAUCAUAUUUUUUGAUGGCUGUGAGAAGAAAAAGUGGUCUGCCCUUCUUAUAGUUCUUUUGACCCAUCUGCUGGUGUCUGCCCUGACCUUCAUAAGUCCUCAUUAUGGAAUAAAUCUGGUGUCAACAUAUAUGAUCAUGCUACUCAUGGGCAUCUGGGCGUUCUUUGUUGCUGGAGGCAGCUGCCGAAAUCUGAAGCUCUGCCUACUGUGUCAAGACAAGGACUUCCUCCUUUUCAACCAGCGCUCCAGAUAACCCCCAAGAACCAGCACCUGCCAAACACUGGAAUAAGGACUUCCCUGUGACCAGCCUCAACACAUGAGAAAUCUCCAAUGGAAAGAAGUAUCUAUUUUAUCUUCACCUCAUUGAAAAUACUGAAUAGAUGGAACCACUCAACUGGCUUAUGGAUUCAGUCUCAGUAAAAGAAUUUUUAAGGAUUUAACACAUUCUAAGGUGACUGUAAUAGAUGAUGAUCCCUGAGCAGGUCUUGGCUUUAAGACUCAAUAAUAGGAAGUACUUGUAUACAUGUAGAUCACUGUAAAUCCUUCUACCUAGUAGUAAAACCAUUCAUUUUUCAGUGCUUGAGCAAAAUCAGAGGUGGGGUUUGUAGUGUUUAAUCAGGGCCUUCCAUGUACAAAACACUGUAUUAAAUACUUUAAAAGGAUGGAAAAGAA